CUGACGAACUUCAUCCACGCUUCAAAGAUCAUCCAAAGCCUCCUCGACGUUCUUUCAUAUCACACGACGUUCUUUCAUCGCACACGCACCCUCGACAUUGGGUAUCACCUUCCCUUACAAGCUUUCAAAGAUGAGUGGCAGCCGGCAGAGUUUACUACCUUCAAAACAAUAUAUCUUGGCAGAAGACUCUGAUCCCCUUGAGCUUCUUUGUUCUCGUUUCAACGUUGCAAAGGCAACAUUAGAACCGGCAUCCGACAUUCCGACAACCUUGGACAUGCGUGUCAAACGGGAUGCUCACAUGCCCUCACAUGUUCUCGCCGUCUUUGACAUCCCAGAGAGCGAAUGGGGUCCAUCUUAUCAGCCUCUCUUGGUACCUAUUCGUGUUGACCUCUUCACUCGCGGUUUUCGCUCCAAAGUAAUCCCACCCAGCCCACCUGGAUCUACUUUUCCAGUCCCACAUAGCCCUGAACAUACCGAGGGGCAAUUCGUGACACUUCCCGUCAUCCCACUGCUUGUCCCGCAUGCUCCGUCUAUCCCUCUACUCCUCCUCUUCGGACUUGGGCUUGAAACACGAUCCGACUUGCUGUGCUGCCGCCUCCUGCCUGCUGAAGUAAUAGGAGAAUUCCCCGCCUCUUCUACCAUGGCCAACCUCAUGGCAACGCUAUGCAGCGACGACCAGUUCCGAGAGCACAAAAUAUUUAAUCAAGGACUAUGGAAGAAUAUACUCUCUUUAGGGCCACGGGACUCGCAUUUCAUCGAGCUGGCACAGACAGCAUGGAAUGUCACAGUAGAAGCACGGCGAAUCCGACAGCGCAACACGGCGGGUAAUAUCCUAUCGCUCCCGAUAUGAGCGGACACGUAUCCCCUUUGACGUCUUCCUUUCAUUCCGCUUUGCUCAUCUUGCUAAAACGGCCUUUAUACGACACUUUGCUGAACGAGGAUCAUGAUUACAUCUGCACUGCUUACAUCGUAAUACCCUACUCACGCAUUGCAAUC